AUGCCCUCGACUCCGAAUCCAACGCGCCGCCGACGCAUGUCAGCACAAACAUACCACACCUUCUCGACUCCUCCGCCCAAAUCCCGAGGGCGGCCUUUAUCAAGCGAGUCAACUUUAUCGAGUUCCAAUGGCGAAGCGGAAUCUUCCGUCACUGAAUCUCCCCUUCCUACCGAACAAAUGGCUAUCCUCGCAGUCAUUGCACUCUGCGAACAGACUGCUUUCAACUCCAUAAGCCCCUAUAUCCCACACAUGACAGCUUCGUUUCCAAACGUGAGCCAUGGCCAGGUAGGGAUGUACGUGGGUGUAAUCGCAUCUGCAUUUGCGCUGGCGCAGUUUGCAACGAACUUCUUCUGGGGCUGGGUAUCGGAUCGCAUUGGCAGAAAACCGGUGAUUCUCUUGGGGACGAUUCUUAGCGCUGGCUGCUUUCUAGCCUUUGGGUUUUGCAAGACUCUUUGGCAGGCCAUCGUGGUUCAGGCUCUGAUGGGAAUAGUCAAUGGAAACCAGGGUGUCGUCUCCACUUGUUUGGGCGAGAUUACUGAUCGCUCUAACCAAUCUCGCGCUUUUACAUACUUACCGGUGAUUUAUGGGAUUGGAGGGGUUACGGGUCCAAUAAUCGGUGGCCUCCUUGUUUCGAAGUCUAGCCAAAUGAACGAAAACUAUCCUUAUUUGACCCCCAACAUCGUCUCAGCUGUCAUCCUAACGCUAGACUUCACCCUAGCAUCUCUAUUCUUGCAGGAAAGUCUUGAAAACUCGACCACGCUUCCUAAACUAGAGAAAAAAAUGCGCGAGUUGUUCACAUGGCUUUGGCAAUUUACCAGCUCUUCAAGACCGACAUACCUACGAACACUCCGUCCCAAUCACCAACACCACAGCCCGAGCGCAGAACGACAGAGCUAUUCCUCGGUGUCAGGCGAGGAAACCGAUGCCGAUAUCGAUUCCUCUUCCGCGACACCAAACACUGGGCUAUUCCAUCUACCAAAUAACUCCAGCGGGCUCGAACGGGAUGAAAUCUUCAAUAGAGACACGGUCCUCUUACUCAUUACCUAUUUGAUAUUCGCAUUAACUAAUGUCGCGUUCAACUCUCUUUAUCCCAUUUUCGGUCAAGCAGCACUGCCGACGGGUCGCGAACUCAGCCCUGGCGAAAUCGGACUCUCACUCGCCUUUGCAAGCAUUGUGUCGAUUGCGUUCCAGAUUUGUAUAUUUGGGAGACUUCGAGACAAGAUGGGCAACAAAUGGUCAUAUCGAGCCAGCCUGCUCGGAUUCGUUAUUUCAUUUAUCUUGAUGCCAUUUGUCGGGUACAAGGACGAUGCUGGGACAGGGAGCGAAAUCUCCAAGAGCACAAUCCUUCUCGCGAUUGAAUUAUGUGUGGUUCUGCUGGUGAAAACAGUAGCCGCCGUUGGUGGCCUGACCAGCGCUCUUCUCUUGAUCACCAACUCUGUCACGAACACUCAUGCCUUAGGCUCUCUAAAUGGGCUUGCCCAGACUCUAUCUGCCUUAGGACGGGCCGUAGGCCCAUUUCUAUCAGGAAGUCUCUUCACCCUCGCAACCCGAAUCGAACCCAAAGGCGAAGCAAUGGCCUUUGGUGUUUUCGGUGGUGUUGCGUUCCUCGGUUUUCUGCUAAGUUUCGGAAUCAAAGCCAAUAAACUCGAGGCUGCUGGAUUCGUCGAUCAUGACAGCGUCGAUCACUAUAAAUCCGAUGAUGAAGAGACUUUGUUAUGA